AUGGCUUCCUCCUUCCUCUCCCUUCUGCUUUCCCUCCUCCUCUUCCUCUCUUUCGCCGGCGCCCAGGAGCUGUUCCAGAACUGUGAUCACAGCGCCGGCAACUUCAGCGACAACAGCACCUACCGAUCCAACCUCGAACGCCUCCUCUCCACUCUCGCCUCCGACGGCUACGCCACCGGCUUCCUCAAUACCAGUGUCGUGGGAGGCUCCGACCAGGUGUUUGGCCUCGUCAACUGCCGCGGCGACGUCAACGCCACCGAGUGCCGCUCCUGCCUCGACAACGCCACCGCCGAAGUCACCCGCAACUGCCCUAAUGAUAGGGCGGCCGAGUUGUGGUACGAGUUCUGCCUCAUCCGCUUCUCCGACCAGCCGCUGCCCACCUCCUCCUCCAACCGCCACCCACUGGGGUUUAACAGCAUGGACGACGCCCCGGAACCGAACCGGUUCGCCUGGCUGUUGGGGAUGCUGAUGAACCGGACUGCCGAUGCGGCGGCCAAUUCCAGCAAGCGGUUCGCGAUCGGGGCGGCCAGCUACUACACAGCAGAGUUCCCCUCCAUCUACGACUCAAUGCAGUGCACGCGCGACCUGUCGCAGGAGCAGUGCAGGGAGUGCCUGGGCACGCUGUUCAUUCCGAUGCCGACGUUGUUCGUGGGAAAACAGGGGGGAAGGUUACUCGGCGGGAGCUGCGGCAUGAGGUUCGAGCUCUACUCCUUCCUAGGUUCCCCUACCCUCAACAUCUCUGUGCCCCCGCCGUCAGCGAUGCAACUGGCUCCGGCGCCCACCUCCUCCGGAGGGAAAAAGAAUGUAAUUGGAAUUGUCCUAGAUAUUGUAAUACCAUCGGUGACUGCGAUGUCUCUCAUCUUCUUAAUUUGCAUUUGCUACUGGAGGAGGAAGAAGCCGGGACCCCAACAUGAAACUGAAGCAGAGAAAAUCAUGAGUGUCGAAUCAAUAUUGUUUGAUCUCUCCACACUACAAGUCGCGACAGCCUACUUCUCUAAAGAUAACAAACUCGGCGAAGGUGGAUUCGGAGCAGUUUACAAGGGAUUUCUUCCAAAUGGACAAGAAAUAGCAGUAAAGAAACUAUUGAAUGCGGGUCAGGGACUUGCAGAGCUGAAGAAUGAACUAGUUUUGGUUGCGAAGCUUCAACACCGGAAUCUUGUGAAACUUCUCGGAGUUUGCUUGGAGGAAGAGAAGAUGCUGAUCUAUGAAUAUGUUCCUAAUCGAAGUCUCGAUUUAUACCUUUAUGAUCCUGUGAGGGGUAAGGAAUUACGUUGGGGAACGAGAUACAAGAUCAUCAGUGGAAUUGCCCAAGGCUUACGAUACCUGCACGAGGAGUCCCGGAUAAAGAUCAUACAUAGGGAUUUGAAAGCCGGCAAUAUUUUGCUAGAUGCAAAGAUGAACCCCAAAAUCUCAGAUUUCGGCUUAGCCAAACUCUUUGACGACGACCAGACUAAAGGCACCACCAACCGAGUCAUCGGAACUUUUGGCUACAUGGCACCCGAGUAUGCAAUGUAUGGUAAAUUCUCAAUGAAGUCAGACGUGUUCAGCUUCGGUGUUCUGAUCUUGGAGGUUUUGACGGGAAGAAAAAACUGCGGAAGCUAUGAUUCUGAGACUGCAGAGGGUCUUCUAAACUUCGCGUGGGCGAAGUGGAGUGGAGGAGUUGCGUUGGAGAUUGUAGACCCAGUUCUUGGCGACGAGUACCGAGGGAGCGACGUGCUCCGGUGCCUCCAGAUUGGCUUGCUGUGCGUGCAGGAGAAUCCAUCGGAUCGGCCCAGCAUGAGAACGGUGGACCUGAUGCUGAGUUCUGAAACGGUGUCCGUCAAAGCUCCUUCCAAGCCUGCGUUUUGCAUCGUCAAGAGCGGCACUCGAUCCGUCGCCAUGUCGCCCAACGAGGUGUCCAUUUCAGAACUGGAACCCAGAUGAUAAAUUAUCGAUCACUCUACUGCCAGUCGGAGCUGAAAGCUAAAAUAAUUUCCCAGCUGCAUGCUAUGGAGUGUAGUGUUUAAGGAUUUUGUGAACGCCAUUUUGUUUAUCACGAGCUUUGACGUUUAGAAAUGGAGACAUGGAUGACUUCAGGGGAUAUGCAAGCACAUCAGGAGUCAGCGU